AUGGAAGAUGAAAUUGUAGUCCGCAUUGCCAAAGAUGUAGAAACCAGCUCAAGACGUGUUGGUGCACCCAUGGGUAUAAGAAAGUCUUCGGUGUCCAGAAUGAUAAGGAAACAAAAGCUGCAUCCAUAUCAUUUUACUCCAGUCCAGCAGCUUUUAUCGCGGGACUUUCCAGUUAGCUGGCGCCUGACCGGCCGCUGGCUAGCUGGCAACGUCGCCUGCAAGGUGUUCCUGUUCCUCCGGGCCUUCGGGCCCUACCUCAGCAGCAACGUGCUGGUCUGCGUGUCUCUCGACCGCUACUUCGCAGUGCUGCACCCCCUCAAAGUCAACGACGCAAGGAGGAGAGGCAAAGUCAUGCUCGCCGUGGCCUGGGGAGCAUCCUUCGUCUAUUGCAUACCCCAGAGCUUCAUUUUUCGAGUGAUGAGCCACCCCAAUUACCCUAACUACACCCAGUGUGUUUCCUUUGAGUUUUUUACUUCUCCUGCUCAAGAAGUGGCCUACAACCUAAUGUGCGUCAUGUUCAUGUAUUUCAUUCCUCUCUUCGUCAUCGUCGUCGCCUAUACCGCUAUCAUGUGUGAAAUCUCCAAGAAUUCCAAGGGUACACAGG